AUGCUUAGCCUGAAGAAUCCAUCUCCUUUCUUCUUCUCCGGCCAAAAUCGGAGAACCCAUUCCUGCUCAACGCCUCCGCCUCGUGCAGCCGCCGACUUCGCUGCUUCUCCUUCAACGCUAAUCUCUCGCCGCCUCAUCCUUCUCCGUCACGCUCACAGUUCAUGGGACAACCUUUCCCUCAGAGACCAUGAUCGUCCUCUAACGAAAGCCGGACAAGCCGAUGCUGCCAAAGUUGCUCAAAUCCUCUCCACACUUGGUUGGCUUCCCCAACUCAUUCUUUCAAGCGACGCGACUCGCACUAAGGAGACGCUGAAGUCAAUGCAGGCGCAAGUGGAUGGGUUUAUGGAGGCGAAUGUACAUUUCAUUCCAAGCUUUUACUCCAUUGCUGCCAUGGACGGCCAAACCGCAGAGCAUCUUCAACAGAUUAUCUCCAAACAUUCGUCCCCUGACAUCACCACUGUCAUGUGUAUGGGGCAUAACAAGGGUUGGGAAGAAGCAGCCUCCAUGCUCUCUGGAGCUUCCGUUAAGUUGAAAACUUGCAAUGCUGCUCUGCUUCAGGCUUUUGGCAACUCCUGGGAAGAAGCUUUCGCGCUUGCUGGACCUGGCGGAUGGAAACUUGAAGGUGUAGUGGCUCCAGAUAGCACCAUCUGUGUGUAA